AUAAUGGGCUGCAUUAAAAGUAAAGAAAACAAAAGUCCAGCCAUUGAAUAUAGAACUGAAAACACUUCAGAGCCUAUCAGUACAAGCCUCAGCCAUUAUGGAGCAGAACACACUGCAGUGGUACCAUCAUCCUCAGCAAAGGGAACGUCAGUUAAUUUUAGCAGUCGUUCCAUGACACCUUUUGGAGGAUCCUCAGGGGUGACACCUUUUGGAGGAGCGUCUUCCUCAUUCUCAGUGGUGCCUAGUUCAUAUCCUACUGGCUUAACAGCGUUAGUAAAAAAUGGAAGGGAAGGAGACUGGUGGGAAGCAAGAUCAAUCGCUACAGGAAAGAAUGGUUAUAUCCCUAGCAAUUAUGUAGCGCCUGCAGAUUCCAUUCAGGCAGAAGAAUGGUAUUUUGGCAAAAUGGGGAGAAAAGAUGCUGAAAGAUUGCUUCUGAAUCCUGGGAAUCAACGAGGUAUUUUCUUAGUGAGAGAGAGUGAAACUACUAAAGGUGCUUAUUCCCUCUCUAUUCGUGAUUGGGAUGAGGUAAGGGGAGACAAUGUGAAACACUACAAAAUUAGGAAACUUGACAGUGGUGGAUACUAUAUCACAACCAGAGCUCCGUUUGAUACGCUGCAGAAAUUGGUGAAACACUACACAGAACAUGCUGAUGGUUUAUGCCACAAGUUAACAACUGUGUGUCCAACUGUGAAACCGCAGACUCAAGGUCUUGCAAAAGAUGCUUGGGAAAUCCCUCGUGAAUCUUUGCGACUAGAGGUUAAACUAGGACAAGGAUGUUUUGGUGAAGUAUGGAUGGGAACAUGGAAUGGAACCACAAAAGUAGCAAUCAAAACACUAAAACCAGGUACAAUGAUGCCAGAAGCUUUUCUUCAAGAAGCUCAGAUAAUGAAAAAAUUAAGACAUGAUAAACUUGUUCCACUAUAUGCUGUUGUUUCUGAAGAGCCCAUUUACAUUGUCACUGAAUUUAUGUCAAAAGGGAGCUUAUUAGAUUUCCUUAAGGAAGGAGAUGGAAAGUACUUAAAGCUUCCGCAACUCGUAGAUAUGGCUGCACAGAUUGCUGAUGGUAUGGCGUAUAUUGAAAGAAUGAACUAUAUUCACCGAGAUCUUCGAGCUGCUAAUAUUCUUGUAGGAGAAAAUCUUGUGUGCAAAAUAGCAGAUUUUGGUUUAGCAAGAUUAAUUGAAGACAAUGAAUACACGGCAAGACAAGGUGCAAAAUUUCCAAUCAAAUGGACAGCUCCUGAGGCUGCACUGUAUGGUCGAUUCACAAUAAAGUCUGAUGUAUGGUCAUUUGGGAUUCUACAGACAGAACUGGUAACAAAGGGCAGAGUGCCUUAUCCAGGUAUGGUAAACCGUGAAGUGCUGGAACAGGUAGAACGAGGAUACAGGAUGCCCUGCCCUCAGGGCUGUCCAGAAUCCCUCCAUGAAUUGAUGAAUCUGUGUUGGAAGAAGGAUCCUGAUGAAAGACCAACAUUUGAAUAUAUUCAGUCUUUCUUGGAAGACUACUUCACUGCUACAGAGCCACAGUACCAGCCAGGGGAAAAUUUAUAAUCCAAGUAGCCUGUUUUAUAUGCACAAAUCUGCCAAAAUGUAAGGAACUUUGUAGAGUUCCUCACUUACAUACAGGAAUCAAAAGAAGAACAUCUUCACUCCGCAUGUAUUUAAUGGUAAACUGGAAUUCCAGAUAUAGUUGCACAAAACCACUUUUUUUUCCCAAGUGUUAAACUGUAAAGUACCAAUGAUGAUUUUCCAACUUAUUUCAUGCUCCAAAGAAAGUAGAGCUAAGAUACUGAUGACAGCAUGGUAAUGAAGAGUAACAAGGCUAUUGUUUAUAAAUCAUUUCCUUGCUUUUCUUCCCCCAACUGAGAAUAGUUAAGAAAAAAUUAUUUAUUGUUAUAGACAAAACUUGG